AAUCUCUUUUCCCCACCGCGGCUAAAUACAGAGUCGUUAUCUUUACCUUUCCCUCCCACGGUUUCCCUUUCCGUUUCCUUCUCCCAUGGACUCCUCUAUAAAUCCCAUUGUCCCCGUUCCUCCUCCUUACACACAAACCCUAUCUCUCUCUCUUUCUCUUUCUCUUUCUCUUUCUCUUCCCGCCACACACACGUAACAUAAUCCCCUUCCCCUCCCCCCCAAAAGAAAAUCCAAAAGAAAAUCUAUUGUUAUUAAAUUCCAACCCCUGCAAAAUGGCAAUUCCAUGCCCUCCUUUUAUUGCAUCAGAAAAGCUUGCAUCAAUGGAAUCAUCUCCUUUAUCGCCACCACUUCUCUCUCAAGACGAGCUCAAAAAAAUCGCAGCUUAUAAAGCCGUAGAAUUUGUCCAAUCCGGCAUGGUUCUUGGCCUCGGCACUGGCUCCACCGCCAAACACGCCGUUGACCGUAUUGCCGAUCUCUUGCACCAGGGCAAGUUAACCAACAUUGUAGGAAUACCCACUUCCAAAAAGACUCAAAAACAAGCUUUAUCUCUUGGGAUUCCUUUAUCUGAUCUUGAUUCUCACCCGGUUGUUGAUCUUGCGAUAGAUGGUGCUGAUGAAGUUGAUUCGCACCUUAAUUUAGUUAAAGGAAGAGGUGGGUCUUUGCUCAGGGAGAAAAUGAUUGAAAGUGCUUGUAAAAAGUUUAUUGUUAUUGUUGAUGAGACUAAAUUAGUCCCUCAUAUUGGUGCUAAUGGUGGUGCUAUGCCUGUCGAAGUUGUUCCUUUUUGUUGGAAGUUUACUCAAGAAAAGCUUCAAUCUUUGUUUGAUUAUGCUGGUUGUGUUGCUAAGUUGAGGACUGAUAAUGGCGGUAAAGAAGAGCCUUUUGUUACUGAUAAUGGGAAUUAUAUUGUGGACUUGUUUUUUAAGAAGGAGAUUGGUGAUUUGGAGGUUGCCAGUGACAAAAUUUUGAGGUUAGCUGGUGUUGUUGAACAUGGUAUGUUUCUUGAUAUGGCUACUACUGUUAUCGUUGCUGGUGAACUGGGUAUCACUAUCAAGAAUAAGUUUGAUUGAGAUGGGGAUAGUUAAUCAUUAUUAUAGAAAGGCAAGGACAAGGCAAGUUUUGAUGGGUUGGGGUUUUACUAAUUAAAUUGGGAUUUUUUUUAUUUGACUAGUUAUUGUAACAGUAUUGAUAUCAAUUGGUUAUUAGGAAUGUUAGGUGGUUUUAGGAUAAUGCUUGCAGCUGAUUCAUCUGCUUAACUUGUAUCAGCUGCCAUCUCCACUCUUCUUUUCAAUCAAUAUUAAAAUUCUCUUCUUAUUUAA